AUGAAUGAGAUUAAAGGUGUUGUUUCAAAUGAAAUAAUAAAUAAUUAUAACAUAGGUGAUACAAUAUUAGCAAGUUUUCCAGCUGGAACAUUCCAAUUAGUUGAAAAUAGUAAACAUCAUUUAUUUAUUGGAGGUGGAGUUGGCAUAACAGUUCUUUUAUCCAUGAUUCAUGAAUUAAAUAAACAAGGAAAAUCAAAUGAUGCAAUUCUAAUUCAUUGUGUACACUCAGAAGAAUAUGCAGCUUUUAAUGACGAACUUAAAUCAAUACUUCCAGAAGGGCAUUAUCAAUUAUUUUUUAAAGAUCAACGAUUGGGAAAAGAUGAUUUAGAAAAAGUAUUAGAAGCAAAUACCCAAGUAUAUAUAUGUGGUUCGGUGCCAUUUAUGGAUAAAAUGGAAGGUUUAUUAGUUGAAUGUGGUCACCCAUCAUCUCAAAUUCAUAUAGAAGCAUUUCAACCAACGCUCAGUAUAAUCAAAGGUGCAGUCAAAGAUGAAGCAGAAACAAAAGUAUUAUAA